AUGGACGAACGCAGCAGAACUCCCCUCGAGAAAAAUCAAAUAAAAAUACCACGUAUCUCUGUCCUUCAGGGAUCCCUGAAAAAUGGACGAAUGCAGCAGAACUCAUCCCGAGAAAAAUCAAAUAAAAAUACCCUGACAUGUUCUCCAUCUACCUCUGCCAUUCAGGUUGUCCUCCUGAUCCUGAGCUGGUCUCUUGCGAAGGUUGCCCCUGAAAAGGACCAAAAUGCGGACUUCGAUCAGCUCGCAACGGCCUCGGAGAUCAUCUCCACGACGACGAACAAACCUGAAGAGCUACAACGGCCGGAUGUUGGGACAAAGCUCGGCAACAAACAUCAGCAUCCCGGGGUUACUACUGUGCGAUACGAGAACUCCAAUGGAUUCAUCCCCAUGAUCCCCUUGGACACCCAGCCCAACAGAGUUCCCAAAGAAGCAGUUGUAGACCCGAGCAACAUCGGUUCUUCAAGAACAAACGGAGAAAAGUCGGGUGUAGAAAUCGCGGAGGAUCCUGCCUACUCCACCGAGGCGAGGAUAUUCCUCAGCCUCACCCAACCAGGGCAGAACAGGAGGUCCUUUAACCCCCAGAAUGACCAGAGCCAGUUUGAGUUGUUGAAGGUAAACAACGACACCCCAGCAGUAGCCAAUUAUCGAGAGUUUUAUGAAGCUGUUAAGAACCAGAGAAACGGACAGUCGGCUUCUCCAGGGAGGCAAUUCGCAUCAGAGGAGGAUCCAAGAACGAAAGCCUCUUCGGGAUCUAAAGCCUUGGAUCCCUAUACAUCUAGUUACAGAGACAGCUUUCAUCGCGGUACCGUGGACUCGCACAGUAGGUACCAGAACUAUGCGACAACCCUCGGAAGAAACCAGCAAAAAGCUUCGAGUCAACGGGAGAAAGUGCAGCCUGAUUACCGUCGAAAUGAAAAGAGUAAUUAUGGGUUCCAGGGGGAGAGCCAAUUUCGCCAGGAAGUCGCAGAAUCGGUGAGCUCUGAUGCGAAGAGUGCAAAUAGUGGUCUGGGGAUGUAUGAUGGACGAAACAGGGACUCUUCCCUGGGGAGGACCGAGCAGGUGUUCUCCAACUCAAAGACCAUGCCCAACCCCAAGGAGUACAACCUGAACUUCGGUCACUCGACAAUGAAGACCUCGACACCGGCAACCUACUCCAGUAGGUACCAAGACACAUCCCGGAGUACUACGAAGAGUCCCUUGAAGAGCUCCCACAGCCAGCUGCAGUAUCGCUUCAGCAACGACGAGGUCUACGCCGGGGAGGACCCCAACCGUAACUUCGAUCGCAGCGAGGAAUUCUCUGACGAAGACGACUACUACGAAGUCACCGAGAGACCCCGAAGGACCCAGAAGUCCAGGAGGAAGCCGUACAACUCCAGGAGGCCAUCAAAGGAACAUCGGAACACCAUGGAUGAGGGAGCAGAUCCAGAAGAGAGCCGAACUCGGCACAGCGUGGUGCGCCCUAAGCUGAAUAGACACAGGUCGAAGUCGAAUUCUUGGUAUGAGGAUGAUCGCUACCAGAUCCGGGAUGAAAGUGCCGAAGAACAGCGGGCGUAUGAGUCUAGGAACCAUGGGGGAUCUGAUGUGAGACCAUCGAAAUCUCACGGGGGAAGGUCCCGCAAGCAGAACACGUGGACCCAGCUGACUCCGAAUCUGGAAAUCUCGCACUCCAGCGGCAUCGAGAUCAAUCCUCGGCAGAAAUCUAAGAUGGUGGUGCCUGUUAAGGUGAACCUAGUGCCCAUGACUCACUUCGACCAUACCACGGCCUUGGGGAACAGUCAAGGAUUCGACGCGUCCAAUGCCAUUCUGCAGAAUAUCGUACCAGGGACUCCUCUGGUCAGCACUCCGAAUCCAGUUCUUAGUACGAGUCCGUCGUUGCUGGGCCAGGGUUACGGGAUGCAAAAUGGUCAGAAGUCCAGCCUCUCAGGCCAAAAUUUCGGAUUCGUCACUCCAGUGCCUGACGUGAUCGUGGGCCAGAACAGUUUUCAAACUCCGGUCCAGACUCUGCUCAUGACCCCGACCAGUGAUCGCGGCAAAAUAGUGGAUGGGUUCAGGAACUCGUACAUGUCCAGCACGAUGACUCCUCUGUUUACCGUGACUUCCAGCAUCCCCAUGCAAACCCUGCACAGCACCGUCGCACCACAGGCAAUGUACCCCACCAGUCAGAGUCUGAAUCCUAGUCUGCAGCAUCUACGAGUGAACCAGAUUCAGCCUAAUCAUGGACUGGUAAUGACUCCGGCGACGCAGACUAUCGCCACAAAUCUUCAGGUUCCUCUUCAGGGGGAAUCCACGUACCAUAUCCAAGUCAAUCCCAAUGGCCUGCACGGUCAGAAUCCGGUUCAAAACUCGCCAAACAUCCAGACUACCCAUGGAAUUCAGAUGGUCCCCUCGACAUUUGGGCAAACUGGGUUGAACUUUUUCUCUACUAACCCAAACUACAAGAAGAACGUCCUGCCGGUCCAAUUCAUUCAUACUUUCAGGGAGGUUGCAAGUAAGGUCCAGAAUGGUCAGGGUGGGGCGACGACACUGCCCAACAUCAGUCCCAACGGGUUCACUGUCCACAAUAGAGACCAGAACCAGCAGAUCCUGAAAGCUGCCAACGAGAUUUUUGAGAAUACUCUCAAGCAACUUCAGCAGCUGCACAGGAAUCAGGCCAAAGGGAACAAGUACGGGACCCAGACUGUGGGAGUAGUUGACAAUACUGGAAGCAAUUCCAAUAUUAACCCGGUGAACACCGUUUCGUACCCGGCAAAUGUGAUGGGAAAGGCGCAGCUGCCCAUAGUUGGGACCAGUCAGGUGGAGAUUCUGAACCCUAACAUCAAGCCUAGUCCGUUGGACCCUUACAUAAUGAACAACUUGCCGGUGAGGAAUUAUCCUGCUGUGGUAACUACUUCGAUUCCUAUUUUCGGCACCUCCAACUACGCUACGGUCAGACCUAUCGUCACCAGCACUGGAGACCCUGUCAAUGUCCAGGGCUACGUAGACUCCUUGACGGAGAUCGGGUCCAGAGGCAAUUCGGUAAAGCUGGAGAUCAAGCCUACUGGUCAGAGUCAAGAACGCGUACCAUACAACCCCAUCGAGUUCGUUCCGAACCUGGACGUGAUCAGGACCCAGAAGUUCCUGAACAGUAAGUUACCCCAGAACGAACCAGUCAUGCAGGGUCUGAGUCUGGUCCCUGCGAUGCCGGGAGGUAGCUUCUUCAAGAGCUCCUCAAGCGUUCAGAACGAAGUCUCGACGAAGCCGAAGCUGAACUCAGACCUGGAGAAGUUUGCCGAAGAGAUGUUCAAGGAGUCCCUGAAGACCAUCUACAACUCCCACAAGUGGAACAACGAUCACAGGCCGAUCUCGGACCUGAACGUCUCUGAGACCAUGGAUCUGCACAGGUUGAAGGACUCGCUGCAGAACUUGAAGGCCGCCUUCCCGGACCUGAAGACCGAGGACAUCCUGGAGGCGCAUUUUUCCGAAAACAAGCCGAGAUCUGCGAAGAAACCGGAAUCGACGAUCACGCCGACCACUUCGGCGAGUACUGACCUAGGUCAUUCCCAUCAUGGCAGGCCAGUUCACGGUCACUCCCGACCCGCGAAUUACCAUCCGAGGGAUUUCCUGACACCCCCGAAGUUCCAUUCCUUUGUUUCCAAGAGUCCCUUCCACGAGAAGCCGAUCAAGAAUAGGCCCGGCCAUGGUCCUCCGAGGUACAAGUCCCAUUCCAGACCUGGUGGCAUUGGAAAAAUAGGCGGCCCUGAAUCAGCGGCAAGCAAUACCGAGUUCCACGUAGAAGGCGCGAGAUUCGAGGCUCUUCAGGGUGCGCCGCAAUUCGAGAGGGACCAAUCUUCGGAGUUUAAGAAGAGACCGAGUUUUGGCGAGCCACCGAGCUUCACCACGUCGUUUCCCACAUCUAACCCCUUGAAGACUGGUUCCAAUGAGAAUGGGUCCUCCAAGGAGGGUCUGGACCUCAACCACCCCAGGACCCACAACCUCUUCGGGCUGCUGAUGAAGAACAAGCAGCUUCCCCCAGGGAGUUCUCAGAGCCUCUUCCGGGACAGGGAUGAAAUCGACCAGUUCUUUGAAAACGAGAAGAAGCGACUGGACCAGCAGUUCUACGACGAAACCCUGAGGAACUUCCAGCAGAGAGGCGACUUCCCCUCCACCCCGAAAACUGGUGUCAGGCAGGACCGGAACCUCUCGCGUCCCAGUGCUACCUAG